GGUCACGAAAGAGAAUAGUUUCAUUUUUUUAUCUAAGCGAAAUACGUUUUUUUUUUGGUUAUUUUUGUUAAGAUUUUACAUCACCUAUUAUACCAAACAAGUACAAUGGCGCUUUAUCCUCUUGAAAACAAUCCCGAAGUCUUGAAUCACUACAUUGAACGGCUUGGCGUCCCCCGCCCGAUGCUUCAUUUUGUGGAUGUAUACGGUGUAUCGGAGGAGUUGCUCGGGAUGGUUCCAGGACUCGUCUUUGCGGUGUUAUUUGUUUACCCCAUCACAAACAAAAUCGAGGUCGGUCUUCGGCUCAUGUCCGAAGAGCAAAAGGUCAAAGUAAGAGGGCUCAUGAAGCGCUCGCCGAUAUUUUUUAUGAAGCAGGAGGUCGAGAAUAGCUGUGGGACGGUCGCUCUUCUGCACGCGCUGCUUAAUAAUUAUAAUUCAAUUGGAAAUAUUAAAGACGAUAGUAUCUUGGUGGAGCUGCAUGAAGCUCCACAGUACGAAGAAGCGCGAGAGAGCCCUGAAAUAUUAGGAUCUCUCGUGAAGGAGAAUAAAUUUCUAGCGGCUGCUCAUACGGAAACCGCCUUCGAGGGAGAUUCGGAAAAUAGACCUAUCAACACUAGUAUUGAUCUGCACUUUUCGUGUUUUGUAUGGGCUUGGGACUUUUGCGUUGAGUUGGAUGGACGGAAGGAACGACCUCUUCUUCAUGGAGCAUGCAGCUCCCGUGAGGAAUUUCUACGAGAAACGGCUAAAACAAUUGAGAAGCGGAUGAGCCUGGACACUUCUUUACAAACCUUCAGUAUCACAGCGCUUGUUUCCACAUCUACCUAAACUAAGGCUUUCCAAUAGUUUUGUUGUCUAGCAUGGGAGGAUUUUUUUCAAAUCAUUUUUAUUCUAACUAGUCCUAAUAAGUUUUCAAAAUGCCAUUGAAAAAAUAUUAUAUUCAUAUACACACAGUCACAAAGAGAGGCACAGCGACAGUUUAUAUACAUAUAUAUAUCUAUAUAUAUGUUUAUGUAUUACUUUUACUAUCGUAUUUUUCAUGAUGUGCUUUUGAUCACAAGCUAUAUUCUCAAAGAUUGCGUUCACUUGGAAGUCAUCCUCUUUUUGGUGUGCACUCCAUUUUUAUAUGUCAACAUUAUUGAUCGGUAGCAAAGGGGUAAAAGGUGUAUGAUCAGUAUGUCAUUUUUCUCA